GCCAAAUCGUUCUCAUCUGGUUAUAACUAUGGGUUCUGAACAACAUGAAGUCCAGCUGUAUGGUAUAGCUGUCCUGGUCGUUAUUGGAGUGCUAUGGAACACAUUCAACUUGAUAACAACCAUGUUCCAGCAGUGGAAGGCUGGUGGUGUUCAGACUGUGGGACUGAUCAUCUCCACUAUCUCCCUGGGUAAUGUUUUCCUGCACCUCUCCACCUUUGGCAUCGUAGUCACUAUGUGGCGUGGGGUGUUGUGUUGGGAUGAUCUACCCAUGUUCUUCUGUGCCAUGUUGUAUGUGUGGAUGAGCAGUAGCUAUUUGAGCUUCUGGUCCAUCGCCUGGCUGAGUGUCCUCUAUUGUGUGAAGGUGGUCAACUUCACCUCUGAGCUGUUCGCUAAGAUCAAGACAAACAUCUCACCCAUCAUCAACGUGGCUCUUGCAGUGACCUUCCUGAACUCCUGUGUGAUGUUUUCCCCCUUCUUCUCCCUUAAUUACCGUAACGAGUCAUACGUAACACCUGUGACAAAGAACACCACCUGUGUGAUUAAGACACCUCUAUUCCCCACUUGGAUCAACAUGAACCUUUAUGUGCUAGUCUUCAUCUGCUACCUGUCUCUGUUACCUGUGAUGGUGAUGGUUCCCUCCUCCAUCAGACUGGUGGUCCAUCUCUGCAAACACACGCUGGAGAUGAGAAAGAACAAGACCGAUGUUCAGAGUGCCGACUCCUACCUGCUGGUGUGCAAGCUUACUGUGGCCCUGGUGGGCGUCUACAUAACCACUCUGACCAUCAUCUCCCUGUUCUACCUCUCUAAACUAUAUGGCUCUGACGUUAGCAUUAACUCACUCCUGCUGGGUUACUCCUUCUAUUGCAUAGCAUCAGGCGUUCUCUUGACUAUCUCCAAUAAGAACCUGCGGGAGAAACUCUGGGCUCUUUUCUGCGGUACCAAGGCAUCAAAUGCAUCAAGCAAAAGCCUGAGUGGAGAAACUGGGGCAGCUUGAUAUGCUUUUGAGUUUUUAAUACAUUGUCUCCUUUUCAGUUCUUCAGGACAGUGUAUUAUGUCACAAUAUACUUAAUGUUUGUCAUUGACAGAUAAUACAAGCAAGUGCUAAUUAUUUUGUUGUAAAAUUCAUUUUUGCUACUGCUGUUGUUGGCUUUUUAUGCUUAGGUGUACUGGUUUUCAUAGUAUUUUACUUUUACGUAGCGGUGCAUGUAUUGGAUUUAUUUGUCUUUUUAUAUUUUUUAUGUAUUUUCUUAUUGAUGAUUUGCACAAAUUAAGGAGUGUGGCUUUAUGUACAGCGCCUAGUGAAAGUCUACACUAUUUCAAUGUCAAUUUCAUUUUUCAGAGGGACAAUUAUACAAAUGUUAAUGCCGAAGACACACCAGCAUGGUGCUGAGUGUUCCUGAGUUGAACAGUAGCAGUCCUGACUUGAAUCUGUUUGACAAUCAGAGGCAAAGUUUGAUUAUGGCUGUCCUUCAAUGAUUCCCAACCAAAUUUACUGAGCUGGAGCAAUUUUAACAAAAACAAUGGAUAGAGUUGUGCAGAUUUAGUAGAAUCUUAUUCAAAAUCAUUCACAGCUGUAAUUUCUGCCAAAGGCGCUUCCACCAAGUACAAACUCUGGAGUGUGAAGGCAUGCAAAUCUUAUGCAAGACAUCUUUCUUUGAUAUUUUUAUUAACUAAGAAAAUGUUCUAUAAAUGUAACUUUGUUAAUGUGAAGCAGGUUGGGUAGAUAAGCAGGGGAAAAAUCCACUAAAAUCCCAUUUUUUCCUUUUUUAGAUCUACAUAAUUUUAUUAAGGCAGCAAAAGGUGAAAACUGUGCAAGGGAUGUGUAGAAUUUCACUAGGCACUGUAAAUGAAAUGGGAAGAGUUUGAAGAAUGUUCUUUCAGGUUUUGGACUUUUGCAUAUCUCAUCAAAUAGUACUUUACAUUCUAUUGUUUAUUUUUAUUUUUAAGAAUUAAAAAUCAUUUGAAAAAAUUGGAAAAAGAC